AUGACUCAACGAGUUAGCUCUGCGCAGCAGCAAACCUUUUCACGUCGCCGCAAGGCCUGUGAAAAUUGUCGGCGGCGCAAAGAAAGAUGCGAUGGGUUCCAUCCUUGCGGCAGAUGCCGCACCCGAAAAGUUGAGAGUCAAUGCAAGCAACUGCAUUCUACGGAACAUCCAGUUUCGCCGCGGCGGGAUAGCGAUAAACAAGCUUCUGUGACUCGUGCCACUUGCAGCAAUGACGAUGUUCCUAUGGUACUUGCACGGAGUUUCGGAUUCCUGGAUGCUUGGCAAGGUCUGGAUAACAGCACAAGUCCUCCGUCCCGGAUGACAGUCUCUCGAAACCUCUCUAUCUCGUCUUCUGUCGGCUCAAUGGUGUGUCACACGUCGCGUUUGAUUUGCAAUGAUCAGGGCGAGUACAUCUUCCUAGGUCCAUCUGCCAACCUCUCCGUACUUCAAAGUAUCCGCCAAAUUAUCCACAAGGCGCUCGGUACAAGCCAAUUUUCCAAGGUGCCGGCUGAGGACGACCCGAUCAAUUCAAGUGCAACAAAUCCACUCAAUAGCAUUGAAACCAGCACAGAGCCUGCUCGGCCCUCAAUAGAAGAUGCCCUGUACUAUAUCCGAUGGUUCUCUAGUGCUACAAGUUGUGUCUUUGAUCUCUUUGGACAUGACGAACUCACUACGAUGAUAGUUCCCUGGCUUGAGCAACCUUCCACAACCGACGCGAACACUUGUAUUUAUUUUCUUGUCCUCGCCAUCGGAGCUCAGUGUGGACCAAAGAACCGCGAUGAUGAGGCUGAGGCAUAUUUCAACUACAGCCGCUAUCUAUUAUCCGCAAGGCCCAGCCAGACCACGAAUAUUGCCAUUGUCCAGAUUCAUUGUCUCAUCGCUACUUAUCUCCUCAACGCAGCAUGCCCUCAAUCGGCCAACAUGCAGCUCGUAUUGGCUAUACGGGCUGCACAUUCCCUGGGUAUCCACCGUGCCGAUAUUAAUGCUCUUUUUCCGCCGGCGGAGAACUUGAAGCGUGAGCGGAUAUGGAAGAUCCUUCGUGUUCAGGAUCUUUUCCUGAGCACAUCACUCGGGCAGCAGCCAGCUACAACGGAGACUCGUCAGAAUAUAUCUCACCAGGGCUACUCGGCAUCCACGGAUCUAUGCCAUAUAUUUGAGAAGAUCCUCUCCGAGGUGUACUCGAAAGAGGAGGUGCCUCCAAGCGUUCUAGAAAAUGUCAGUCAACAUCAUCGAAAAUGGGCUUCACGCUUUCGAGAAGGUCUUGUUACAGAUCACAUUUCGGAUGAACAUGAAAGCUCAGACACUGGGGAAAAAAAACUCAAUAUUGGUCUAUGUCAUCUCAAAGAAGCCUACUACUGGACCAUCAUGCUUGUAACCCGCCCUUAUUUGAUGGAUCUUGUGCAAAGGCAACUCGCCAACGAAGAAGACCCCUCGCUUCUACAUGCCACUGAUGACAUGCAUUCAUCUUCGGCAAAUCCUUCUAGCACUCUAUUGGCCCAUGCUUCAGUGAAUUCGGCAGUCCUCACAAUCGACCUCCUGCAAUCCUUCUUGCACGAAAAGGAAAUCCCGAAAAGGCUUCCCUAUGUUGUCAACUCAGUCUUUAACUCAGCACUCGUGAUAGGUAUAGGCUAUCUCGCAAACCUUGACUCGCUCUACCCCUUGAAUAAUGCUAUGCAUCUAGCGGAAAGGUUACUAGAACGCUUCCAAUUCCACGAUGCAUUGGCAAAAUGGGGUCUCAAGGUUAUCCGAGAUCUUCAUAAUACGUGCCAUGAAUAUGUCCGAAGACGAUGUGACCGUCAAUUGAAGCAUCAAGGCGCUCUAUUAGAAGGCCUUUUUGGUGACGUGGAAUCAGUUGGCCGUCCAGAGCGGCCACUUUAUGUCUCUCGGUCUUGUCCGGACGGUAUCUCUCAACUCCGAAGCCAGUCAUCGGACUUCGAAGACUUGUAUCAUCUGCCCCAGACUGCGUUUUCCGAGUUACCCCAUGAUUUACAGAUUGAGGAUAAUGGAACCACAUGGGAUCAUUUGUUUUAUGACUCCCUUCCCGGUCCGCUGUGGGAAGCAAACUUGGAGCCUGGCAGUCUGCCGUUUGAGUGGCCGUGA